AACGAUAAGCGACGUGCGGUGGAGGUCACUGAAAAAAUCGUGUCCCGAGCUAGGCGUGUGUCUGACUUUGUCGGGCUGUGAUAGCGUGGACUGCACGCUGCUCGUCCUGACCAAGAGCAUCCCAUUGGUCAGCUUGACCAUGACGCCAGAGUUCUACACAGCCAGGGAGCUUCACAUAAUUCUAGAGUUUAUCGCCGCCAACUUUCAAGAUCUGUUGGAAGAUCUGGACUUGGAUCUUGAACUUUAUGUGGACGGACCCACCAAUUACGAUUUUAUGCUUCCCGUUGUAACAUGCCAACGACUCAAAAGGAUAAAACUGAAAAUAUCCAACAACUUAAAUGCAGAAAUCGUCAACUCCUUACAGCAGCUAACAAAUGUCUCCACUCUGAAAGACGUGUCCAUCCGUUUCUCUGAUGAAGAAAUGUCCCAGGAACUGAGGACGGUGUUGAAAGAGUUUGGGGACAACUUGAAAAGCGCCUUGGCAGACAGGCAUGGGGAGUUCGAGUUUCAUUUGAUUCCCGACCUUUACGAACUUCAGUAACAGAGAUCGACAUCUGACGCACAACGAGAAGAGUUUCAACAACUAGGAAGAUGGUGGUUUAUGUUAGUGGGGACGAAACUUAUCUCUGAUCAAUUGAUUGAAAAUACUUUUAAAUUUAACGUAGAUAUAUUUUAACUACUACCCCUGAAUAAUCAUUUCGUAAUGAAAAUAGACAUACGUUU